AUGACGACGCCUUCGUCGUCGUCGUCGUCGCCGCCGCGCCCUCUCCCGCGCGCGCGCGUCCUCCUCGCGGCCGCGUGCGCCGCGAUCGUCCUCCUCGACCGCGCGUCCGCGGCGGCGGCGGCGCCCUCCUGCCCGCUUUCCUCUCCCUCCGCGCGCGACGCCGCGUCGACGGACGCGUCGCGCGCGUUCGACGCCGCGGGGUUCGACGUCACCGAGGGCGCGAUGUGGGUGUUCAAGUACGCGGACAUCGACGAGGACUGCCGCGACUGCUACCACGUCAACCCGACGAGCACGUACGGGUGCGCGCUGCUGCCGGUGACGGACGCGCCCACCGCGUUGCUUCGCCGGAGCGAGGCCGCGGAGCGCGCGCGCGUGGCGGAGCGCGCGGCGAGGUCGAGGUCGACCGACGACGACGACGACGACGACGACGCCUCGGCGCCGCGGCGGCCGGCGUCCGCCUCGCGCGCGGGCUCCUUGCCGUCCACGGCGACGACGCGCGACGCCUCGUCCGACUCCACCGCCGUCGUCGUCGACGCCCAGAGGCCGAUCGCGGCGAUCGUGGACGCCGCGCGGCGACGCGCGGAGUACCGCGAGGCGUCCAACGACGCGCUGUCCGCGCCCGCGUUGGGACUCGCGUCGUCGUCGUCGGCGGCGGCGGCGAUGCAACGCGUCAUCCCCGACGGCUCCGACGGCUCGGAUGCGUCGUGCGAGCUGUCGCUGAGGCCGGACGAGGUCAUCGCCGUGAUCGGAUGCACGCCGCCGCGCGCGAAGUACUUCGGUCUGACUCCGUACUUACACAGAGUCUACCAAGCCGGGUCGGUGAGGACAGCCUUCGCGUCGCUCGGCGAUUCGUUAUCCGCGGGCGUCGCCGGCGGGUUCGACGGCGACGACUCGCGGUACUUCACGCGCCUCAGCACCGCAGCGGGGACGGUUCCUCGCGGCGGCGGCGGCGUCCUGCGAGGCGUUGACUGCUUCGAUCGCGGCUUCGCCGCGCUGUUCGGGCUGUCGCGGACGACGCUCGAUCGCGCCGCCGACGCGUUGGCUUCGUCCGGGGCGGUCCCCGGAGGCGCCGCCGCGAUCAACUCGUACGGCCUCUCGACGCAGAACGGUGGACUGCUGACCUCCUACGACGCGGUCACGCACGCGGUGCUCUUGAGGCACGCGGUCGCGGAGGACGAGCGCCUUUGGGACGCGUUCGCGAACGAUCCGCCGUUCGUGGUGCUGCGGCUGACGCCUCAGGCGCUCACCGCCGUCGCGAGCGCGGUCGCGUCGCACUUCUCGAGCGUCGGCGACUUCGUCACGACGCAGAACACGGGUGCGCAGAUCCUGUUCGACAACGGCCAGCAGUGCAUCGACACGACGUGGAAUUGCGGCGGGGAUAACAGGGACACGACGUACAUACGAGGGCCGACGUUUCGCAUUCCCUCGAACGACGUCGUCGUGUACGUCGUCGGCGUGAAUCACGCGACGACCGGGAACGCGCACUACGCGAACCUCGCGGUGUAUAACCAAGCGCGGAACCUCGGCGUCGUCGCCGUCGACGACGCGAGCUACGAAAACACCGCCGUCGAGUGGCUCCGAGGGACCGUCUACGAGGACGACGCGCCGUCGCUGUACGCGGUCGCGUUCGCGCGGACGUGUCCCGAUGGCGCGCGGAGGCGCGACGUGCCCGGCCUGCACGGCCGCGUCGGCGGAAGAAUGCCGGACGGGACGCUGUGCGUCGAGGUCCCCGCGACUGGGUUUCCGUCGGCGGCGGCGGACGAAGAUCUGGUCGUCAUGGAAAGGCCGUACAACACGCUCGGGACGACGGUCGGGCCGGAGUGGAACACGCUCGCGCUACCGGUGGUCGUCACCGUGCGGAGGAACUCGCUCGCGAGCGCGCUGGACACGUUCUGA